AACCACAGCAGCCUGGCUGUCAUCUGUUACGGUCCUUAUUGCGCUCAUCUUCCCACUACCUUCUCUCUUGUGUACGGAUACGGACACUCUGCUCCAAGCCCCAGCCUAUCCGCUGACCCGUCGUAAACUGAAAGACCGAGGUGCUGCCCGCACCGUUUCCGAGAGUUACAUCCCACCCCUGCAGCGUCUCUUCUUCCCUUGAUCAAGACAGGUAGGCUACUUGACCUCUGUUGAUGUCUACGGAUGGAUGCCGUCCCCUCUGCCCUACGACCCUUCACCCCCCCUCCUCAAUCCAUUUCUUUACUUCCACUCCCUUCCCUCCCCUCAGCUACCUGCCAAUAUCUGGUAAAUAGUGUACACACACGCUUUUCAUCGUCCUCGCUCACUUCCAUACCCCCUUCACAGCCACGCCCCUCCCACCAAUUAUACCCUGUAUCAGGCACGGUACCUGUACCCUUCAUGUGUCUUCUCUCUGCCUACGGAUACCAGGGUAGGCUGUGGAACCUCCAAAACUCGAAGCCCUGCGAGGACAAGCACCCCGGGCUAGUGGUCCUCUCACACUCACGUCGCCAGCCCUGUCGUUGCUGCCGCUGCUGGCCAUGUCACUGCUCAACCUGCUGGUCAUCUGGGCUGAGCUCGAGUGAAAGAGCCGUGGGCGACUUUUAUUUAACAGCUUCCUUUCCCCUUCUCCGGAUUCCUCUCAAGCUGCAACUUGUAUCGACCCCCACAGCUAGCUUCUCUACGCCUCGUCCGCCUCAAGCCUGCAUUCAGCAACUCCUAAACUCUUGAACAUUACAGAAAUCAGGAUAACCUCCAACGUCUCUGCUGCCCCCAAUGUCGAUGUUCACCAUGUCUCAACAUCAUCAGUACGCCUACCCGGCUACUGCUCCCUCCCCAAGGGCAUACUCUGGACACGGCACCAGCAGCGCCUUCAGCAGCUCUGCAAACCCCGACGAAGACUGGACGAAGAUCUCUGACCUUGCUGAGCGCCGGAGGAUCCAGAACCGCAUUGCCCAGCGCAACUACCGCAAGAAGCUCAAGAGACGCCUGGAAGACCUCGAGAGACGAGCUGGCCAGGAAGGCACCACCACUGCUGAGAAGCCCGCGCAAACAAAGACCACCAAGAAGUCUGCCAACAAGACGCACAAAACACCAGUGCCGACCAAGACUAUCAACCAGGGCCAGUUCACGCCUCCCAUGCACAACGACGACGAGGUUUUCUUCGCCCACCACUACGAGGAUGGCCGUGAGAGAUCCAACACACCCCCAUUCCUCGCAUACUCUACCUACCCCCCGCCCGAAGAGAUGAUUAUGGCUCCCGCAUACACCACACAACCAUACACUAUGGGCACCACCGCCGAGGCAUACCCGGGAUAUCUUGCAGCAGCGGUGCCAGUAACGCUACCGCCCAUGAAUCACUUCAACGACGCUAUAAAACGCGAGUCGUACACAAGCGACGACGGCCUGUCUCCUUACAUGAACUACGGUUACAUGUCCGGUAUCGACAUGAAUGCUUCCGGCUCUUACGACCCCACGAACCCUCAUACUCCUCCGCUCUCGCAUUCUUUCGAACACUCGGCCAACUGCUCCGACGCUGGGUACGAGUAUCCCACAACGCCCUUGUCCAUGCCAGGGUCUCCUGGUAUGAUUCAGCACUAAGCCAAAGCACGAAAAGAGGAUGCGGCAACCUUGUUUGGCGGAGUAGACAUUUCAUUGCUAUUUUGGGGCGAGGGGGGUUUUUGUAGUGUACUUUCGCUCCCCUCCCUAUACACGGGGUGGCUUGGGCCAGGAGUUUGGGGGUAUCUGUAUUUGCAUGGAAAGGUCGAAGCGCUCGACCUUACGGAGAUAUGACUUGGGAGUAGGCGUCGGCGUUUCACUUGGAGCGAGCUGGCCUAGAGGACAGCUUCGUCACGAGGUUGGACACGGCAGUCGAAAAUUUAAACAUCAAAGAUA